CGAGCACCUCCAGUGGAGAACCUGAAUGGUUUCCUCCAGCUGAAACAGUACAUGAGUGAGAUGGUCUCCAUCAGACGUGCUCUCACUCUGGACGCCCCUCAUUUCUUGCCUCAGGGACCAGGAUAAACCGUUACUGCUAAUGAAGAAACAUGUGUCUCCCAAGACACCAUGUGACCGAGCCCUAUCAGCUGAUAAAGAGACUAUACCACCACUGUCCAUGUCCAUGAACCAACAGGCACUGGACCCAGAGGAAGAGGAGAACUUACAGAGGAUACAGUACAGGAAGCAGAAGCUGUUCUCAGAGAAACUCCAGUGGAUUUACAUGGUCCUGUGUGGCAUCUCUCACAUGCGAAACAGAGACUUGAAGACACUGGUUCCUCUCAACAGCAGCUAUGUGAACAUCAUCAUGAAGGACACCGAGAAGACCAACAUCCUGUUGAAGCAGUCGCACAGCUACAACCCUCCGUUGAAUUACACCAAGCAGCUGGUGUCCCUGGCCACCGAGGACUGUCACAGCAUCAGCCGUGACGUGUGGGACACCUUUAUCAGCCACCAGGACACCACAGAGCCCUUGAAGUUAACCACCAUCCGAACCACAGGAUAUAAAGCUCUGCAGUCUGGGCCCAGGCGUAAGGUUGGCCAGAGAGAUCCAGACGGCGAUGGAGACAUACCCCCAUGGCUACUACUGCUGCUGGAUGAGAACACGUCCCUAGAGAAAACAGUCAAGCCUGGUGUAGACCAGUCAGGCAUGCUGGAGAGAGCCAAGGCCCACUACCAGGAUGUGAAGAAGGUUCUGAACAUCCCGAUGGAGUCGGUCGUGUUUCAAAAGAGAAAGAACCGAGAGGAGAGGAUUAGAACUCUUUUCAAUGCUCUAAUGGCCUCAAAGUCCGACGCUGGUCUGUCCUCACUUCUUACCUCUCUGAAGAGUGAGCUGAAGCCCAAAUCCACCACUGGUCUCUGGUUUGCGACCCUGCAGAGUGAUGCCACAGAAUUGUCCGGAGACACGGACUCCAAAUACAAUAUCAUACUGCAGAAGAUCUCAGAGUUUCAAAGCUUCUCCAACAAAAAGCUCCCCUACUCCAAGGAGAAGUUCUGUCUCCUGGUCCUCUCCAUGUCACCCAAUCAGCUGCUUCGACCGGCCAUGCAGGAAGCACUGCUCUUCCUCACGGAGAAUGUGCUGCUGUUGUUGCCGCGGCAUCUCAAACAGUGGUACCAGUACCUGAAGCUCCCCUUCCCCACCACGGCAACCGCCUCCUAAAAAAAAUGGGAUCCGCCUACUUGCACUGGUGCUCUCUCUGUUCUUCACUACCUGUCUACAAUGCGGUGUAUAUUGGGGAAUAUAGUCAUUUCAGACAGCCCUGGGUUCUUGGUGGGAUAGCCAAUG